AGCGGGGAGUGCAGCGUGGAGGUGCUAGCGGGCGCGGGCGGCGGCUAGUUCAGAGCCCUGUGUCCGGAGCGAGCCGACCGCAGUGGGGACCGGGGCCCCGGGGCACGGCGGCUGCAGCGGGAGGAGGAUGGCCGCACCCGCCGGAGCAGGGGCAGUGAUUGCAGCCCCAGACCGCAGGCGCUGGCUGUGGUCGCUGCUGGCGGCGGCGCUCGGGCUCUUGACAGCUGAAGUAUUAGCUUUGGAGGUGUAUACACCAAAAGAACUCUUCGUGGCAAAUGGGACACAAGGGAAGCUGACAUGCAAGUUCAAGUCUACUGACACGACUGGCGGGUUGACCUCAGUCUCCUGGAGCUUCCAGCCAGAGGGGACUGACACCACUGUGUCGUUUUUCCACUACUCCCAAGGGCAAGUUUACCUGGGGAAUUAUCCACCAUUUAAGAACAGAAUCAGCUGGGCUGGAGACCUUGACAAGAAAGAUGCAUCAAUCAACAUAGAAAAUAUGCAAUUUAUACACAAUGGCACCUAUAUCUGUGAUGUCAAAAACCCUCCUGACAUUGUUGUCCAGCCUGGGCACAUUAGGCUCUAUGUCAUAGAAAAAGAGAGUUUGCCUGUGUUUCCAGUCGGGGCGGUGGUAGGUAUAGUUAUUGCUGUGGUGCUGGGUCUCACUCUGCUCAUCAGCAUGAUUCUGGCCGUCGUCCAUAGAAAGAAAAACUCAAAACGGGAUUACACUGGUGCAUCAGAGAGUUUGUCACCGAUUAAGCAGGCUCCACGGAAGUCCCCCUCCAACACAGAGGGUCUAGUAAAGAAUCUGCCUUCUGGAUCUCACCAGGGUCCAGUCAUAUAUGCACAGUUAGACCACUCUGGUGGACAUCACAGUGACAAGAUUAACAAGUCAGAGUCUGUGGUGUAUGCGGAUAUCCGGAAAAAUUGAGAAGACACAGAACAUAUCCUAAGCAAGCAACAAAUCCAAACAGGACUCUUGUGCAGAAAAUGUAGCCCAUAACCAUGUGUGGCCUUGGAGACCCAGGCAAGGACAAGCACAUGUGUACUCAUAGCGGGAGAAAAAGAUAUAUAUAAAGGAUAUGUAUAAAUACUCUAUUUAAUCAUCCUGACGUGAGGAGCCACCGUUGCAUGAUGAAAAGAUGGUAUAAUUCUGCAGAUAUACAAAUUGUCUUGCUGUUUUUGUACUUUCUGUCAGGGUCAUUUACAACUGGGAAAUUUCAGUUUCCUGUCACUAUCAUUUAGAUAUGGUUUGCCUUAACAGAGACAGUAGCAGAUAUUUUAGUAUUUCUAGUAGACAUGGCCUUUUCAUCUGAGGGCUUAACUAGUCUUAGCAUUUAUUGUAGUUGGAGAAUGGAGACUCUACGAUGGAAGCACGUCCAAGGUGGCCUUCAAGUGUCGGCACUGUUUAUUUGGUGGUAGCUUUUAGUAAACAUCCAUUAGCUAUGCCCUGGAAGACAGUUUGAAACAUUUUUGUUGUUUUGCUCUCUACAACAGGGCAAUUUUUAGCCUUACACGUUCUGUAGACUUACUUUAACGUUGCACCCUUUAAGUGUGUCAUAUCCAUUUGUGGAUUCAUAAUAGCAAGAUAGGCAAAGGAUACAUGCUGGAAUUCACUUCUUCUAGGUACUUUUAGAUCAAUACCGUAGAGAUAAUUAAAGUAGAAAAUCUGGGCUUGCUUGAGGAGUAUUGUGCCAUUUGGAGAGUAAAAGGUUAUCAGUUAAUAUUCUUUGCUGAAGUCCUUCCUGCUUGAGAUAAGAGUCCCCACACAGCUGAAGGACAGGAGUUUCUUUCCUACUAAGUGGGCAGCAAUGGGAUCAUUAGAUUGCCACUCUCCUGGAUCUGAGAGCUCUCUAGAGAUUCACCUUCUCUGUAAAGCUUCAGUCAUGCUUCCAGCCAGAGGCAGCAGCAGUCAUGGCUUUAUAAUAUCUUCAGGGUGCUGUAGAGACCUUUGAAACUGAAAAGGGUCAAGAUUUUUUGAAAUCAAGUGGGGCUAGUAUUGCUACUUUGGGAAUCUCUUCUCUGUUUCUGUGCGUUGUUUGCUUUUUUUUGUUUGUUUGUUUGCUUUUUUCACUCCCCUCCCCCCCAAUUACAUAGAAUUGAUAAACAAUAAGAUAAGAAAAAAUAGAAACAACUUGGGGAUCCUUCCCCAAAACUGUUUCUCCCACUAACUACCCCCCACCCCACCUCAAAUCUAUCAGUUUUUGACUGGUAAUGAAAAGCAUGGUGAAGAUCAUUAAACUUUUA